AUGUCGAUGGGUGCACUUUAUUUCGCAACGCUUUCUGUCCUACUCAUUUGCAUCACUGUUUCUUCGUAUGCUCAGGCACCUUCAAGCUGCAGCUCUACUUUGACUCCCACGAAUUCUAUCAAGCCAUCAAUUGUACAAGGCUACAAAGUUGACCUCGUUGCUACAGGACUGAGUAAACCGCGCUCACUGCAAUUUGACAAGGCUGGAAAUCUCCUGGUUCUCGAACAGAAUCGAGGCGUCUCUAGCCUUCAGCUGCAAGACGAUGGCGGUACAUGUGUUCGCGUGAAGAGCAAGAAGACUAUCAUUGAAAGCCACGGGCUCAACCACGGCCUUGCCCUUUCGCAAGAUGGCAUGACACUCUACGGCUCUGACCAGGAAGCUGUUUAUUCCUGGGACUAUGACCCUGAACAAGCCAGUGUUAGCCCGGAUAACAAGACUUUGAUCAAUGGUAUGACGGGGAGCGAUCACACCACUCGAACGCUCCUUAUACCAGAAAGGGUUUCCGGAAUGCUGCUUGUCAGCCGCGGAAGCGCCUCAAAUAUUGAUAUUGAUGCAGAAUCCCUUGACUCAGGCAUCAGCCAAAUUCGAGCCUUCAAUCUUAGGAAUAUGACAUCGAUGCCAUAUGAUUAUGCAAGAGAUGGGCUUCGACUUGGCUGGGGAUUGCGCAAUUCGGUUGGCGUAGUGGAACAUCCAGAUACGGGCGGCAUCUAUUCGGUCGAAAACUCAGUGGAUGAAAUCACGCGGGAUGGCAAGGAUAUCCAUGAAGAUAAUCCUGGCGAAGAGAUGAACUUCCACGGCUAUCUCAACGGGACCGAAUAUACUCCUCAGGGAACUAAUUACGGCUAUCCGUAUUGCUUUGCAGCAUGGGGAGUGGAUGACAUCCCAAAUAAUGGAAACUUGUCUGUUGGUAGCAACUUCGCGAUCGGACAGCAAAACAAUACUAUCAACGAUAGUUACUGCGCCGAACAGACACCGCCAAGACUUUCCUUUCAAGCGCAUAUGGCGCCACUGGACAUCAAAUUCAACAACUCGGCGUCAGAGGCAUGGGUCACUUUCCAUGGUAGUUGGGACCGAACGGAGCCGUCGGGUUAUAAGCUCUCGGUCAUACCAUUUGCAAAUGGAGAACCCGUAGCCCGGCCUGACAAUAAUACUUCAUACACGGAUAUUCUCACAAACGAACAGAACAGCGCAUGCCCAGAUCAUUGCUUUCGGCCGGUGGGAAUCGCCAUUUCCCAGGAUGGUAGAUUAUUCAUGAGUUCGGACGCCAGUGGUGAGAUAUAUGUAAUUGCCAGAGAACAAGGUGCAGCUAGCACACGACAAGGCAGCAGUGGAGCACCAACUGGGAAAACAUCUGAUGGAGGGAGAAACUUGGUCACGAGUAAAUACGCGAUCACGUUUGCUACAUUCGCAAUUUUCUUCCUUGCCUGA